CCAACCACUCACCUGUGUGGAAAAGCAACACAGGCAGCAUAAUUGUUCUGCGUCCUCUAGGUGAUGCCCAGGGAAAGGUCAUAGCCGCCUUAAACCUUUAAAACCCUAGGCGGGACGAGCAUUCCGUGUCGGAGUUCAGAGCUGCAGCAACCCUGCAUGGGCCUUUCAGCCGUGCUUAAUAGAAUUCCCUUUGUAAUUUAGUUUUUCUUUUCUCAAAGCUUCAAAGGAAGAAAACUGAUAUCAAAGAAUAUCAACUCCAGGUUCUUAGCAGAAUUCCCAGUGUCUUUGCAGAAGUCACAUUUCAGAAUGAAGGGUACCAGGCUGAUGGGGGCGCUGCUUACCCUGGCUGGUGUGCUGAAUGUGGCCCUGUCCCUGAGAAUAGCAGCAUUCAACAUCCAGACUUUCGGGGAGACCAAGAUGUCCAAUGCCACCCUCUCCAACUACAUUGUGCAGAUCCUGAUUCGCUACGACAUUGUCGUGAUCCAGGAGGUCCGAGACAGCCACCUGACGGCCGUGGGGAAGCUGCUGGACAGACUCAAUCAGGAUGACCCCAACACCUAUGAGUAUGUGGUCAGCGAGCCGCUGGGCCGCAGCAGCUACAAGGAGCGCUACCUCUUUCUGUUCAGACCUGACCAGGUGUCUGUGCUGGACCACUACCAGUAUGACGACGGCUGCGAGCCCUGCGGGAACGACACCUUUAGCCGAGAGCCAGCCAUUGUCAAGUUCUCCUCACCGUUUACCCAGGUCAAGGAGUUUGCCAUCGUCCCCCUGCACGCGUCCCCGCUGGAUGCAGUGGCUGAGAUCGACUCUCUCUACGACGUAUAUGAGGAUGUCCGGCAGAAGUGGGACAUGGAGGACAUCAUGUUGAUGGGUGAUUUCAAUGCUGGCUGCAGCUACGUGACCUCUUCGCACUGGUCGUCCAUCCGCCUGCGCACGAGCCCUGCCUUCCAGUGGCUGAUUCCUGACACCGCCGAUACCACGGUGACAUCCACGUACUGUGCCUAUGACAGGAUCGUGGUUGCUGGGACUCUGCUCCAACAGGCCAUCGUUCCCGACUCAGCUGUUCCCUUUGACUUCCAAGCUGCAUAUGGACUGAGCAUCCAGGCCCAAGCCAUCAGCGACCAUUACCCGGUGGAGGUGAGGCUGAAGAGAGCCUGAUGAGCGGUUCCCGGGGCCCUGGCUGGUGACCUCUAGCAUGUGGCUGCUCCUGUUGUCACAUUUAGGUUAUGGGAACAGAGUUUAGGAAACCAGUGCCGAGUUCCCUGAGCACAGGGCCAGUACCCCCGCCCCCAUGAGCUUGAGGAAGGGGACACAAGGCAGGCUUUUUCUUGUUGUGCCUGCUUCCAUUACAAGCAUGACGCUGUGUCCUACCUUAUAAAUCUGCACAAAAAGCUUAACAUUUAGAUUAAGAAAUACCUUUUAAUUUAAAUAAAGCUCAAAAGGUGGUAUUGUCA